ACCAACAACACGUUGUAUCUCGUCAUAUUACCACAGUGGAUCUUUUCAAAAGUCGAUUUCUAAGAUUAAAAUACAUCAACCGGUAGCAUCAGCUGUUCGCUAUCAACCAAGCUAAGCUAAUUAGCUAGCUAGUUACUACAGCAGCUAGUCUCUACAAACUAACCGUUAUCUUCCGGUUGUGUCUGAAGGAGGAAUUGCUUUUUUCUUUGGCGUAAACUCCGAUGACAUACUUGUUGUAGCUAGCUAGCAUGGCUAAGUGAUGUUAGCAAGGAGUCGGAAUGGCUGGGACUGGCGAGGGAAAGAAAGAGGAGGCCGACUACAAGAGACUGCACAGCUUCCCUCUCAUCAGGAACACGGGAGCUGCUGGUGUACCGCUGCCUCCAUCGCAUACGGACAUGCCGGAGGAAAUGAGGGUUGAGACCAUGGAGCUGUGUGUGACGGCCUGUGAGAAGUUUGCCACCAACAAUGAGAGUGCAGCGAAGAUGAUCAAAGAGUCGAUGGACAAGAAGUUCGGCAGCUCGUGGCACGUGGUGAUCGGGGAAGGCUUCGGCUUCGAGGUCACACACGAGGUGAAGAACCUGCUCUACAUGUUCUUUGGAGGGAGUCUGGCCGUGUGUGUGUGGAAGUGCUCGUAGCCCCUCCUCGCCGCCCCUCCUCGCCGCCCCUCCUCGCCGCCCCUCCUCGCCGCCCCUCCUCGCCGCCCCUCCUCGCCGCCCCUCCUCGCCCUCUGACAUGGUAACUGGUUGGGGAUGAACACCAGCUGGAUGCUGGUUGUCCACAGACCAGCCGCUGUGGCAGAUAAUAAACCGUCCUUUGGAGAUCUUGUCCAGUUUGAAAAUAUUUUGGCAGGAAAUUAGUUGAAAGGUUAAUUUCGGGUGCGACGGUCACUUUGACUGGAAGGCAUUCAAACAGUUUUCUGGCUCGGCUGUCACUUUCCUUCUUCUCCUUGUUUUCAACCCUCCGUCCGUCUCUGAAGCCGAACGACGGCUCUAAACAUUUGUGAGCGUGCGUGUGCCAGUAAGUUCCACUUUUACAAAGAACACAUCCAGCCGGGGUCUCCAAAGGCCUUUAUCCUCAUUCCUGUUCAGGGAGCGCGUGUGUGUGUGUGACUGAGUUUAUAUGUUUGUGUGUGCUGGACACACACUGUUUUUUUAAAUAACAUUUCGUCUGCACCUUCCUCAGCAGUUUGUACAACUGUCCUCUGUAUCUGUAACACACCUGUAUCUCUUUCUCUCCAACCGCACGAGUCUUUCAAUACAAUUUGUAAUAUUUUUUAUGUGUACAUAUUUAGAUGCGACUUGAAGAACUUGUUUUUACAGAGCAGUGUCAUCUUCUUACAACUGAAGGCUCUGAAUCUCCAGAGCCAAACUAACAACACGAAACCUGACUUCCCCCGUUUGUAAUAAUCCCUGAAGAUAUGGGCACAUUAAUAUCAGAUGUUAACGAUGUGAUUGUUUUAAAGCCUUUUGUGUGACUUCAACUGAUUGUACAAUAAACUCUGAAAUGUGGUGAGAAAGGAA